AUGCCCGUCUCUAAACAUCACGCUAAACCUGAGAGGAAAAAGCCAAUAGCCUGCCAUCGGUGUCACGCGCAUAAAGUCAAGUGUUCUGGUGGGCAACCUUGUUCUAGAUGUCGACGGGCUGGAUGUGGUGAUGAGUGUCAAUACGCUCUACGGGAUCGCAAGCUCAAGGUUCAAGAGAGCUACAUCGACGAGCUUCUCUCUCAGAACUCUCAAUUAAAAGAACAACUACGUGCUCUCAGUACACCGCAAAGUUCACCUGCUAGUGUUGCCGAGGGUUCAGUACCAGAAGAGUCUUACCCUCCAGUGCAAAAUCCUCUUCUAGGAGACCGGGCGUGGUUCUAUCCAUACGACCCUUCUGCUCCGCCUAUCUACAUGGGCGAUGCAGCAUGCACAGCAUUUGCGACACGCUUGCGCCAGUUCCUUACGGGGAACCCCAACACGGCGCAUGUAGCUCGAACACAGUAUACACCGGAGUCUUCUUUGCUCCAAGGCGCAGCCCAAUGGCCUGGCCUUGCACAGUCCCGUCUACUAGUCCGUAUUGCUUCCAACCAGUUGAGUCGUGUAUACCAUCUUUUUCUACCCAAGUCGACUAUGGAGCAGCUCGAAUCCGUAUAUCGUACUCCGUCACUACGCGAUGAUCCAUCCAUUACGUGCAAAUUCUUUACCCUCUUCGCUUUAGGUGAAGUCUACUCUUCACGGGCCGGUCCUUCGCCGACGUCUCGAGUUCCAGGUACAACGUACUAUGUACGAGCUAUGAGUUUAAUCCCAAUUUUGCCGGAGAGGCCGGGGGUGAUUCAUGUGGAAAGUUUGCUCCUGUUGUCAUUGUACUCAUACUUCCUAAACAGACGCCACUCGGCUUAUAUGUUGAUUGGGAGCGCCAUGCGUCUGGGUCUGAUCCUUGGAUUGAACCACAAUAUUCCCGAGCGGCAAUGUCCUGACGCCGUAGAACGUCAACAUCGAGUUCGGCUAUGGUGGGCUAUCUAUAUCUUCGACCGCAUGUACACGUCCAAAAUUGGGUUCCCUCUACAAAUACGCGAUGAAGAUAUCCAUGUCGAUAUGCCAACUGACGUUGCUAGCCCUGCCGCUGAAGAACAGUUCUCAGACACUGCCUACUCAGUGGCUAGCAUUCGGUUGUCGCGAAUCAUUGGCCAGACGAUUGAUAAGAUCUAUUGCCGCAAGCAGCAUGCAGAAUCAUUCUUACAGCGAGAGCAGCAGCUCUUACUUUCUUUACAGGAAUGGCUCAGGUCACUCCCAGAUCAUAUCAAGCUACGACCAGAUGACAAAGCUCCACCGAAGCAUAUCGUAUCUCUGCAUUUACAAUUCAACCAGUGCGUUAUAUUAGCUAUACGACCCAUUCUCCUUCAUGCUCUCCUGCAACGCAGCCACCGGGAGGGUAAUGAGGACCUUCCACAACCAGUGAUCACGUUAAGUGAGGCAUGCAUACACGCCGCGCGACACUCGCAUACACUCAUGAUAGAGGAAUGGGUUAAUGGAUCACUACCGAUGUACGGUUAUUUCUACGCCCAGUAUCUCUUUUCAUCUUGCAUAGCCCUGGUAAUUUCAGGCCUUCUGCCAGACAUCGGGAAUCCCGCAGACCUCGAGCCCCUUGAGACCGCGACUGAGAUCCUGCAUAGGAUGAGUGAUCAUGGCAAUCUUGCUGCUGCCGAAUUCUACGAGAACCUUAAGCGCGUCAAGCAAGCCUUGCCAACCAAUUUUGAAAGUAUUAACGAUGAUCAUGGGAGUUGCAGCCAUUCACUAAAGAAAUCCCUGGGCUCUGUUGCAGUAGUAGCUAGAGACCAGGUCAUGGAUCCUCAUUCUGUUGGUACGCUACCUGCUACGGGAUACACGACAGAGAUGGCAUUCCUGGAACCGACAAUGCAGGACUUUCUCGGCAGGUCCGAGAAUGAAAUGGAUUUCAUCCAUCCAUAUGAUCUUUUAAUUGACGACUCUGCUACCCUUGCUGCUUGGCCCGCCACCUUGUGGACUUCGUGAUUCCCUAAGUGACUGCUUCGGUCACCGAGAAAUUGUUUUUGAAGCGCUCUAGCGCACUGAGAAACACAAUGUCAGGCCCUGGCAAGGGAAGUUCACAG